ACAUGCUCCAUCUGCUACUGCAGAAAGUAGGUUAGCAGAGCUGGAGCAGUCCGAGAGAGAGGGAGAGGGAGGCAGGUACCCAGAGUGACUGAGGAGGAAGAGCCAGUCACUUGCCCAGAAUUAGUGGAGCAAAACAAUAAGACCGGGGAGGAAGGCUCCAACCCUGGAUAUUUAAUUUAUCAAAGGAAUUGCUGCUAUUCCAGCUGCCUGCGCUGCAAGUUUUCAUGAUAUUCCCAACACAGUCCUAAUACCAGCAAGCCAAGAUGCGAGCCCAAAUCGAAGUGAUCCCAUGUAAGAUCUGUGGAGACAAGUCUUCAGGGAUUCACUAUGGAGUCAUUACGUGUGAAGGCUGCAAGGGCUUCUUCAGGAGAAGCCAACAGAAUAACGCCAGCUACUCCUGCUCACGCCAGAGGAACUGCCUGAUUGACAGGACCAACCGGAACCGGUGCCAGCACUGCCGCCUGCAGAAGUGCCUGGCCCUGGGCAUGUCGCGUGAUGCGGUGAAAUUUGGGCGCAUGUCCAAGAAGCAGCGGGACAGCCUGUAUGCCGAGGUACAGAAGCACCAGCAGAGUCAGGAGCAGAAUGGCAUCACCAAGGACGACUCGGAAGGCCUGACCCGCGUCUACACAACCAGUGUGAGCAGUGGGCUCUCCGACCUGGAUGACAUCUCCACCCUGUCGGACGGGCUCCUCUUUGACUUCCCGCUCACCCCCGAAGGGGGAAGCACCUACUACAACCUUGACCUCCUGACCUCCGCUCAGCCCUCGCCAGACCAGUCCAGCAUGGACAUCAGUGAUGCCAAGCUCAUCAAGCAGGAGCCCAUCUACGAGCUGAUGCUUGAACCAAGCCUCUUCACACACAGCACCUUGGAAGGCAGCCAGCUCACCUCGGAUAUUUCAGUGAUUGAGAUUGACCGAAUUGCACAGAACGUGGUCAAAUCCCACCUGGAGACCUGCCAGUACACAGCCGAGGAGCUCAAGAAACUAGCAUGGACAUUGUACACCCAAGAUGAGCUCCGGAACCUGCAGAACAAGAGCUGUGAGGCCAUGUGGCAGCAGUGCUCCCUGCAGAUCUCCAAUGCCAUCCAGUACGUGGUGGAGUUUGCCAAGCGCAUUGACGGCUUCAUGGAGCUCUGCCAGAAUGACCAGAUCAUCCUCCUGAAAGCAGGUUGCCUGGAAGUGCUUCUGAUCCGAAUGAUACGGGCAUUCAACCCCUUGAACAACACGGUGCUCUUUGAAGGGAAGCAUGGUGGAGUGCAGAUGUUCAAAUCACUUGGCUGUGAUGACCUCAUCAAUGCCAUCUUUGAGCUUGGAAGGAACCUGUGCCGGCUACAGCUGUCAGAGGAAGAGAUUGCCCUAUUUACUGCUGCUGUCCUGCUCUCACCAGAUCGCCCAUGGCUUACGGAGUCCAAGAAGGUGCAGAAGCUCCAGGACAGGAUCUACUUAGCUCUGCAGCAUGAGAUCCGGAAGAAGCACUCCAGCGAGGACAAGCUUUCCAAGAUGGUUUCCAAGCUGCCCUUGAUGAAAACCAUUUGUAACCUGCACUUGGACAAGUUGGAAUUUUUCCGGCUCCUGCAUCCGGAGACUGCUCUGAAUUUCCCCCCUCUGUACAAGGAGGUCUUCAACUCGGAGCUCCAAUACAGUGACCCACGAGAGAGCUAAGGCCAAACUACCUGCUAGUUCCCAAAGCCUGGAGGCAAACAGAAACUUCCAGGGUUGAGGAGAUUUAUUUAAAUCAAAGAAUCAAGCCCAAAAGACCCUUUGGGGCUGGGUUAUCUCCCCUCAGCCCCACCUCCUUGCUGUGGAUUGCAAUAGCUCUUGAAUGUAAUGCACCUUGAAGGAAAAGCAAACUGACUUUGCCAUGCCGGUGAAAUGAAUGUGAAAUCUCCGCUCAGUAGAGGAGACUGUCCUGUAAGUAGUAUGGUACCAACACCUCCCCCAGUGCACGGAUUUCAGUGGAGCAUGCCCACGCACACACAUCCACAAGACACAGCGAAGGGACCUACCCACCGGCACUCGUCUGAGGAUCAGAAUUUGUUCCCACCUUGUUUUAUGUUUGUUUUUAAAUUAAACAAAACCCGGAGUGAUGGAAUGAAAAAAGGGGCAAUACAGACUUGUUCAGAGAGGAGGCAAGCAAAAGAGUUAGGAUCCUUCCAGCUUUCGGACCUUAACUGGACCAGAGCAGAGGUAAAAAGUCAGUGUUUUACUCCUACAUUACACUGGGGUUAAUUACAGCACAAGGUACAGGGCAACAAAGAACCAGGCCCAUAGUGACCAGGCUACCCUGCAAAAAAUGGGGAGGCAGAAAUUGAAUAUGGCAUCUUCGUAAGGAAAAGAAAGCUGCUAGUGUAAGAGUCCCAAGGCUUCCAGUGAGGCAGGUCGAAUGAGCUCCAGUCAGGGUUAGACUGCAUCUCCAGCUUUUUGCAGCUAGGCAGUCAGCUAAGUCUGUCACCCCUCUGAAGUCCAUGCGAUCGACUAAACAAGUGUUUCAGGAAUACUACCUGCCUUGUGUGGACAUUAAGUCUGGUGCACUUUCCCUAAAAGAACAAAUUUGCUCUCAUACCCAUGGCCAAAUCUCAGCCUCCAGCAAAAGUGUAGUGCUGCUGUGCACUGCCCUGCACCCCAGAGGCAGCUGCUUUUUAGAGGUGCUGUGUGCAUAGUAUCACUGCUUGGGGGUAAAAGCCACUGAAACCAGCAGUAUGGUUGCAAUCAGUAGUUAGUUUGGACCAUGGAUGUCAUUUUUUCAUAGAAGCCUCUGCUAAAGCUGUCCCAUGAAACCCAGUGUCUCAGACGAACCUUCUUUUCCCAGAGAAUUACUUGCUAAGUGAAGAACUCCCUCCCCCCAUAUACAAAGGGUGGUGAGCCUGUUACAGCCUCAGCCUUCAGGGUCAGGCCACUCUCAUGUUCAUACAGGUAGAGGUCCCAAAUUCGGUCCCCAUGGUUGAUGACUCAUUCAGGGAUGCAGCAUUACUGAGUGGGCAACGGGGGCUAUAAGGGGGUGCUCUGCUGCAGUGCAUCAAAGGCAUCCCUGUGGGCCUGAUCCUGACUGGUGCUCCACUUCCACUGACAGCCAGCACCUUGAAGCACAAUAUAAGAGAGGUGAAUUCCCCAUGCUCAGUGCAAAGCAAGCUGCAAAGAAUGCUGCCUGUCAACUCUCCAGCAGUGUCAGGAGAAACCAGAGACCAUCCUCUCUUUUGCCUCUUCAGUUCCUGGAGGGUGAAGAGCAACCUUUUUUGGUUGCUUUUUGCUCCUUUUUUUUUUGUUUUUUUAUGGUUCACUCUUAGUUUAGCAGAACUCAAGGGAACCUUUAUCAACAGCAAAAUUACUGUGUGUUGACAGAGACAAAGGUAAUUAUUCCUCCUCCCCCCGCCAUCUCCAGUCUCCCCAAAGGCUGUUUUGUAGGGGAUCUACUACUAAUGAUGUCUCAGAGAAAAAAGACCAGGAUCUAUUUCCUUUGAGAACACCAGGGUGCAGGGACACCAUCUCUUCUGCUCUGUGUGACCACCCAUCGCUUAGUUAUGCUGCUGGCAAUCUAUUUUCUACACCCUGCCUCCCAUUGCCAAACCUUUUAGGGAGGGGGAAAGUGUUAGAAAGACAACAGUAACUUCUACCAACUAAGGGCCAAUUUCCAGAGUCUCCUCCCCCCCCCAAUUUAUUCAUUCCUUAUAAAGACAAGGCCCUUUUCUAGUAGCCUAGGCCAUCAACAGGGUUUGAACAAAAGUCCUGCAAAUCCAUAGUGCAGACCUCUUCUACUUCAGCUAAAUGAACAUCUCCAGGGCAGGUUUUUGUCUUCUUUGUCAAUGUUUCCUUACUUUUGCUGGCCCAUGGACAGCCAAUCUCGAGGGAACAUCAGGCUUUGCUCUCCAUGUUGACCUUAGCACUAGAAUAUUAGUCCUGGGGCUGGAAGCAGUGGCAGAGGGCCGAGUGGUCAGCAUGCUGCCUGAGCUGCAGGUUGGAUACCGCUGCUGUAAGCAAAGCAGCCUGCAGAAGGUGAACACAACUCUCACUUAUUCGGUCAGAGCUCUCUGAGGUGGGAAUCCUAUGACUCUACCUGAGUAAAGGCAGAAUAUAACCUGAACAAGAAGCUGGGGCUUGGAUCUUUCCUGAAAGCUACGGUACACAAGAUGCUGCCGCAGGCUAUUUCUUUUUGUUCCCUGCCUUCCUGACCUUCGCAGGGGAGAUCAGAGUUCUCUGGCCUAACUUAUAUUCAUGACACUUAAACACCCAUUGCCUGAAUUUGCUCAAAUUGCAGAAGGCUGCUGGCUGACAGCAAUGUUGAGUGCCAUAUACCAGGGGUAGGCAACCUUUUCUGGCUGUGGGCCAGAAUGACCCACCGCGAAGUGGAGGCAGGCAGGGGUG